GAAGGUUAAUCUUCAUCCAGGGAAAAUACAUACAAGUAGGAUAAUACAUAUACAGUACAUAGUAAUACAGGAAAUGGAUCGAUAAACAGGCAACAAAAGAACAUCAGAUAGUAAGUUUUUUUAGUUUCUUUAACCAAUUCCACUGACAGAAAGAGCCAAAUGAAAUGCUUAUUCAUUAUGCUCCAGACAGAGCCUUCAGCAGUGCAGACUGUUGACAUGUGAACCGUGCCAGAGAGUGCACAAGUUAAUUCAUUUGUUGCUUGUUUUCUUUCUCACUAUAACUUUAUCCCCCUCCCUUAGUUUUCCCAGGAUAGGUUUAUAAACACAUGAGAAAAAAAAAGAGAAAAAUCAAAAGAUCCUUAAAUGUAAUCAUUUAAUUGAUAAAAAGAUAUCUUUUAGCUAAAAAAAAAAAUCACUUGUUUACAAAAUCCACUUGCACAUUUGUUGACCUCUGUAGCAGAGGUAUCACUCAUGUUUUCCCACACCUGCUUUUUGGUUCCAGAGAGAAAUCACUGGUGUUUGAAUAACCCAUAUCAUUUUUCAACAUUGAGACAGUUUUUCUCUAUCUUAGAUCAAGCAGAAAAGGCCAUUCCAAUAAUUAAAUGUGUGUCUUUUCCUUUGAAAAGCACUUCACUGAUUGCAAAGUGAUGAAGCUUUUGAGUCCAUGUCAAUGUAAAUUGGAGGCGCUGGGAAUUUCCUGUGCUUUUUCUUCACUAGUUGUAGCAAACAGUGAACUGUUUUGUUUUCACAGUCCAUUAAGAGGAGGCUAAUAGGGUCCUCCUGUAUUUGUUUUCCUGACCCCUCCAUAGUAAGAUAGUAAGAAAACUGUCUUUCCUAUCUUAAGGAGACUCUUUUCCUAAAACAUUGGUUUCCUGCUCUCUUUCCUCCACCCAUUUCUUUUUUGCCCCCCUCAUCCUUGUUUCUUGUUUGGUAAUGUGUAUGAUGAUAGUUUCCUUGUUCACAAAAGAAGCUUUACUUCACUUUGAAAACUUUGCCAUAGUCAAAGUUUUGGCUGUAUCUGACACAGCAUCUGAAUUCAGUAGGAAAGUGCUUAUUUUAGGUAAAAUAAUUUGUAUUCAGAAUUUAACACAUAAAUGUAUACAUACAGCCCAUGCCCUCCACCUCUCUUUUCUUUAAAAAGGACCUCCGUUUUGUUUAUUUUGAUAUAGUCAUGUUAUCCUCAUUGAUUUAGAACCAAAACAGCUGAACUGGUCUUUUAAUUUGUUUUGUUUACAAGAAAGAGGCCUGGACUGUUGAAGGAAAAUGCCAACUACUUAUCUGCUUCCCACUCAUUGCUACUACUGUUAGUAUUUGUAACUUUAAGCACAACAGCUGAAUUUCUUCCCUAUUUCUUGUAUAUUUUGCCACAGAUUUGCUUGUGGAGUAAAGCUUGAAAACAAGAGACAGUUGCUUAACAGUAAAAGCAUGUAAACUUCACACAUCUCUAUGAGCUAAACGUUAGAAGGAAGUAUGAUUUUUAAGAAUUAAACUAUGGUCAUAAACCACAGUUUGACUUCUGCUUGUUUCUCUUAACCAUAGUCAAGACUAAACAAAAUUUGGCUGCAUUCAGGCAUAGUGCUAAACUGCAGUUAUUGUUUGACUGGGUUCAGGCAAAAUGCUAAACUACAGUUAAGUGAAAUUCAAAUAAAAUGAAAAGGAAUAAUAAUAAUAAUAAUAAUAAUAAUAAUAAUAAUAAUAAUAUAAAGGUAACUUCUAGUAGUGGAACUACACAGGCCCAAGAUUCAUUCACAUAACUGUAGUUUAAUGUAUUUGAAUAAGGCCACUCUUUACUGCCAGAACUGAAUAUGUGAAAGUGAGUAUUCUUAGCUUUAUAACCAGAUAAAAUGGUCAGUCAUAUUUAAAUGCCUUUGUACAGUUCAAACCACUGAUCCAUUUAGCCUUAAUACUUGCUCUGUCCAGCAGCAACUAUGAAUAUUUUAAAGCUGAACCUCUUUCAAUUGUGAUCCUUUGGGCACAAAUACAAGGCAUCUGUUUACAGUCAUUAUGCAGUCUUAAUGAAAGUAUGAAAUGAAGAUGUUGUGUAACAUCAAGCGUUGAAUCUUUCCCCCUUCUCCCCUCAAAAUCUCCUCCAAAAGGCUGAGGAGAUACACUGAACAGCAUGGUCUAUGUCUUGCAGAGCCCCAGUGGGAGAGAGUAAGUGCUCCAAAUUAGGCAGAUGGAUCUUGCGCUAUUCCCAAAUGAGUCUUGGUGUCAGGUGUUCCUCCCCAGCCCAGUAGCUCCCCCCAUCUCAAGAGAAUAUUUAUGGAGAUACUAAAGGAGAAGAGAAGGAAAAGAUUCAUUCAAUGAGCUGCCUUCUAUUUGCACAUCACUGGAUUUCACCACACUGGCAAUUUUUGGCAGUUGGAAUAUACUGAGAAGAAGUCUGGAUAUCAUAAACAUACUGGUUGCACUUAUAAUCUGCCUUUUGAACAGGAUGAGGAACCUAAGGAUAUGAAUAGUAAGUGUUGAUGCCCUCAGAGAUUGCGUUUCUUCCUCUCUAAGUAGAAAAGAGUUUAAUCAUCUGGCAAGUCUGCUGAUUUUUAAAUUACUGUCUUUACUCUUUGUAAGGUAUUUUCUAUAUUUUUAAUGGAAAAAAUAGCUUAGGGAAAAUUAUGUUUCUAUCAUAAACAGGAAUCGUCAUUCAAAGGCAGGCUUUUUAGCAAAGUGAUACAUUCUGCAAUUAUGUUGUCUUUCUGUGUCCAUUAAGAUACUAGUGAAACUUUAACUUAAAAGAGCAAGUUUUGUGACUGAUCUUUUGCUAUUGUUACCUCCUGAUGAAAUGCAGAACAUCUAAUCCUAUUUUUGUCUGCUGUUCAAUAAACAGAUUAAAUUCCAGUUUCCCAGUUUACAUGUAAUGGGAAACUGGCUAUAAACAACCACGGCAGAAAACGUUGAAGCUGACAUGCAGGCAAGAAUCUGCACAAAUAACAAUAUGGGGAAAAAAGAGUUGUGUCUGCUUGUAUUGAAGUCAGAAAUCAAGGAAAUCUUCUACAAGAUCCAAUUGCACCCACCAACUCUACUUGUCAGCAUUAUGUCUGCAAGAACUGUAAAGGCAAGAAGAUGAUGAUGAAGCCUUCAUGUAGUUGGUGCAAGGACUAUGAGCAAUUUGAAGAAAAUAAACAGUUAAGCAUUCUAGUGAAUUGCUAUAAAAAACUUUGUGAGUAUAUAACACAAACACCAUUAGCACGGGAUAUUAAACAAGCUGUUGACGCUUCUCCGGAUCUUUUGACUUUGCUUAAAGAUGGCUCACCGCUCCUUGAGGAUACAGAAAAAACAUCUGAUGAAGCUUUAGCAUUGUGUUUAACACAUUCCCCAUCUCCACCAGCCUCAGAGCCUGAACCUCCAGCAAGUAGUUCUUUUGUAACUGAAAGCACACAAGACUCUGAUGUGAAAGGCUCUGCUGUUAAUGGGUUGCCCAAUUGUAAUGGAAUAUCAGUAGAUAAACUUGGAGAACAUAUUCCUUCCCCUGAACAUACAAAUACAGUCAGUGUGUGUAGUUCUGAACAGUACAUGAAAGCUGAUGAUAUUUCUAGCAACCUUGAUCCUAUCUGUGACAUAGUUUCUCCUAGUGAUUUGUGUGGAACAAGUAUUGAUAUUCACAAUUUCAGUGAAGACAUCAAGUCUGGUGAUCCACUUUUACUCAGUGUUGAAGAAGUGCUACGGACUUUGGACUCUACCCCACCAGUCUGCAGUCCUACUUUGCAACACAGCUUGGAAACCAAUUUAUCCAAUGGUCCUUUUUUGCAGGUUUCUCCCCCACCUCCUAGCCAUAACAUGUUCAUGUCAAUGGGUUCUUCGCCUCAUGGAAUUUCAUGUACAGCUGCAACGCCUAAGGUAGUAAAACUAAAUAGAAAACGAUCACGAUCAGAAAGUGACAGUGAAAAGGUCCAGCCCCUUCCUAUUUCCAGCAUCCUUUGUGGCCCAACGUUGGGAGCCUCAGCUCCUGUAAUGGUAAAACAGGAUACAAAGAUGUCUUUGCAGCCUGUAGCAACUGUACCUAAUGGAGGCACAACUCCUAAAAAUAGCAAAAGUGUAUUGUUAUCAAAUAAAAGCAUGAAAAAGAACCUAGAUCAUACCACCAAGAAAUCUCAUCCUAAAUCCAAAUCAGGAAUGCUGAAAACAAAGUCGAAAGAAAAAAAUCCUAGUAGUCAUGUUACUCCAGGAAGCCCUACAAAAACUGUGUACAAAAAGGCACAAGAAAAGAAGGGGUGUAAAUGUGGCCGAGCCACCCAAAAUCCAAGUGUUCUUACAUGUCGUGGCCAACGCUGCCCUUGUUACUCGAACCGUAAAGCCUGCUUAGACUGCAUAUGCCGUGGCUGCCAAAAUUCAUAUAUGGCUAAUGGGGAAAAGAAACUGGAGGCAUUUGCUGUGCCAGAAAAGGCCUUGGAGCAGACUAGGCUUACUCUGGGCAUUAAUGUGACAAGCAUUGCUGUUCGCAAUGCCAGCACAAGUACCAAUGUAAUUAAUGUGACAGGGUCACCAGUAACUACGUUUUUAGCUGCCAGUACAAACGAUGAUAAGAACUUGGGUGAAGCUAUAGACAUAAGAUAUGACUGCUGAGUCUUUCUUUUUUUCUCUCUUCCCCCACCCUCCUUUUUUAAAAUGUUCUCUCCUACCUUUGGUAGAGGGAUUGCUACAAUUUUGAAGGCAGCUAUGGUUCUGUUUAACUUGCCGGAGCUCCUGCAUAUAGAUCACUUGUAUCAAGUGUUUUUCAUUGCUAUGUUGUGUGUUAGUGUCUGGGAAAUAGUUUGAUGGUAAUUGCGGAGUUACCCUGAAACUGUCUUUAGUUCUUAAAGCACCUCAUAGUUUCAGAUCAAAUGCUAAUGUAAAUGAUUUUUUAAAAAAUACAAGAUGACUUUUUUUUACAAACCCUGACCUUGUACCAGUUCAUGCUUUGUGCUCAAUCAGAGAUUGAUUCAAUAUACAGAAAUGCUAUCUAGUCAGUCCAUCAUUGGUCCAAAAUAUUGCAGAAAUAAUCCAGUUUAAGACUGCCUUUACUGCCCUGGCUCAGUGCUAUAGAAUCCUGGGAAUUGUAGUUUAUUGUGGCACCAGAGCUCUCUGACAGAGAAGGCUAAAUGUCUUACAAAACUACAGUUUCCAGAAUUCACUCACAUUGAGCCAGGGCAGUUAAAACAGUCUCAAACUGGAUUAUUUUUGCAGUAUGGCUUGGACCAUAUUUCUACUACUUUGAUAUAUCCAAGUUUAUCGUCAGAGUUGAAGAAAAAAAAUCACCUCCAUGCUCAUACUGGAAAUAUUAAGAAAAAUGUAAACUGUCUUAUCAUACCAUAUUACUGGUGAACAGCGAAAUUAGUAAUUUAACACCUUAAAUUUAUUCAAAAAUAAAAAGUGUAAUUAUCCAACUAAUAUAGAAAUGGUGAAACCAAGCCCUACCUUUUAUUUAUGUCACUUAAGUUUCUCAAGUAUUUUAACUUAUGUUUUGAAAAUAAUUGUCAAGAGUUCCUUUGUGAUAAAGCAGCUUCUUGAUUUUUUUUUAAAUUCAGACUUUUAGAAAAAAGUUUGCAGGUUAAAACCAGUCUGUUUCACAAUGUGUCAUACUAUUAACAUUGCGAAAUUGGUUAUAGAUAUAUAUAUAUAUACUGUAUAUUUUAGAUGGUAUGCUGGUAGGCUGCGAAAUAAAAGCUAUUUAAUUCAUGCCAAAGUUACCAAGAUAUUAUUUUAUUUUGUACAUUAAAAUUCAGCUGUUCAAGAACAUAAACUACCAACUAGCAUGCUGUUGCUGUUCCAGACUAGUGAUACUGGCAGGCCAUUGACUUUCAGCUGAGGUUCUCCAUACCUCUAGUACCCAGCACCCUUUACCCUGGUACUGCUCUUACUUGGGAGGAUGCCUGGAUGCAUAGUGGUGAGGCACAGCAGAAAUUUAGCAGAUAGUGAAUGAAGUUCUGUAGUUCACUUGUGACUGGAAGAGUAACAGUGUACCAAAGGUGGAACUGAUGCGGUUGGUAUGCAGUUAUAUCUGGGUCACAGAAGAGCUGCUCCAUCUCUUCCUUAAUAUGCAAAAUUUCGUUUCCCCUCAAUUUAUAUUGUGAGUAGAGACAAAUUCUAAACUUGAAAAUAUUGUGUUAAAUACUGAAAUACCUAAUUUUGAAUAAACUUAUGGGACUGACUAGAAAAGACUGGAUUGAAUCCAGUUAGCUUUUCAUACCAGUAGAAUUACUUCAAACAGUAGGGUGUGUGUGUGUGUGUGUGUGUGUGUGUGUGUGUGUGUGUGUGGUCAUCCCAACAGCUCUUUUUGCAGCCUCUCACUCUCUUCCCAGUGAUUUGAAGAUCAUUUGGAGCAUGUUUUGGUGAGCUGCAAAGGGUAGGAAAGAGGGGAAAGGACAUGAGUAGAAGUCAUCUAACACAACAUUGUAUUUGCCCUCCAUAUCCUAAUCUGAAGCAAUAUUUCAGUAGAUUGUCUAAAGAUAAUUCAUGUCACCUUUUCUGAAAGUUAUAUUUGCCAUCUAAUUGUUCACUGAGUCUCAUUUACAGUAAAUUAUGACAUUAGACAUUUGGAUUUGGCACAAAGCAUGUACAAUGAUGGUUACUAGGUCUGAAAAAUAAGCAAAAGAUUUUGGACACCAUUUGGAUGAUGUCUCCUUUUUGUUCAGUAGUGUACCAUGGUGUCAUUUUAUGUGAAUGUGGUCAAAUAGCGUUUUGUUGGCUUUCAGGUUUGUUUUCCCCCUGUCCUUUCUGUGGGUAGGACAGGGUGUGGGGGGCUAAAGCCAUAGGAAGAAGAAUGUGAUGUAAGUGUUCAGUAUGUAUUUUUUUGUUUCUGUUUUGCAAGAAGAGUUGAAAAAUAUUUUUGAUAAUGAGAGUAAAUGGUGGAAAAUGCUCUUUAGUAUUCUUGUCUCUUUUUUGCCAGCUCAGACUCCUGAAUUUUCUGUUUAAUUUUAGGUUUAUUAUGUCCUAUUAAAACAUAAUUAGUUAAAUAUGUAUGUGAUUUUUGUGUGGACCAAAUGGGAUCUGCUAUUAUUUACUUCAGUGUUCUUAACCUUAAUUUACUUGUGUGAAUCUGAUAAUUAUUUCAGAAUCUAUAAGAAGACUAAUCAAACAUACAGAAAGCAUAACAUGCUGUUUCUACAGGCUGGGUGCUAUCUGGAAAUUUCUCUAGAAGUGUUAAAAGUAUCAUCCAAGACUGCUACUGGUACAGUUAUGGAGCGGAAAUAUAUCAUCAGUAUGCCUUUACUCCAAAUGUGGGAAUAAUUUCAAUUUAUUUUACAGCUACACUUAACAGAAUUCCAGUAGCUAGUGAUUUAGGGCAAAUGUUCUUUGGAACUGUUAUUGGGAAUUCCGGACCUUUAUUGUGUUACUGGUGGUAAAUUCAGGUUUGUUUUAAAAACUAGUUCCUUCUAUGCUGCCACAUUCUUAAGCUGUGUAUUAAAAUUUGAGGUGAUUAAUAAA